GCAUGCUGUAAUGGGUGCGGAAAUCUUUUCCUGGUAAAGUAGGGCUUCCAUCCUCUCUCUAUUUAAAGCUGCACAAAGAUACAAAUCCUCCCAUUUACCAAACAUAGAGAGAGAGAGAGAGAGAGAAAGAGAGAGGGAGAUCAAAAAUAGCUUAUGCUCUACGUACUGCCUCUCCAGCUCUCUAUUGAUCGAACUUUAAAACCUUAGUCUGCUGCCCCCAUGAAGGAGAAAUCACCAGAACUCUGCAAUCAGCAUCAGUGAGAUUAAUCUCUCACACACAAGAAUAUGCCGUUUAAAGGGUUGAGGACCGUCUUCUUCACUUUCUCGAAUGACUCUUCAAUUACUUCUUCUUCUUCUUCUUCUAGAUCACCCUACAACCCUUCUCCUUUAUCAACUAGACCUUCCACUCCCCUCCACACCUUCUCGGAAUCCAUGAUAGAAGAGAACGUGGAACGAGCCAAGUCCAUCAUCACCAAGUGGGAUCCCAACUCCUCUACCUUCGCCAAAGUCACUUCUCUCUUCUACGAGAGCAGAUCCGAAGCCAAGGAAUUCAUCAAGUCCGUGAAUCAAUUGCAGGAAGCCAUGCAAUUCUUUGUGUCCCACAGCUCCUCUUCUGACAAGCUAGUCCAAGCCCAGCACCUCAUGCAGGUCGCCAUGAAACGUCUCGAGAAGGAGUUUUAUCAGAUUCUUUCCUCCAAUCGCGAUCACCUCGACCCCGAAUCCGUCUCCGCUAGAUCCAGCAUCUCCGAAUAUGAAGACGAAGCCAGCACCGACGAUGAGAUUCAGCUCGCCGGAGAAUCAAUCUCCGAGGUCGAGAAGUUCUCCACCCUCGCCAUGUCCGACCUCAACUCCAUCGCUGAGUGCAUGAUCUCAUGUGGCUACGGCAAAGAAUGUGUCAAGAUCUACAAGAUCAUGAGAAAAUCCAUUGUCGAUGAGGCUCUCUAUAAGCUCGGAGUUGAUUGUCUCACCUCUUCGCAGAUCAAUAAAAUGGAAUGGGAGGUCCUGGAGCUCAAGAUCAAGAGCUGGCUUAAAGCUGUCAAGAUUGCAGUGAAAUCGCUCUUCCAUGGCGAAAAAAUCGUCUGUGAUCAAGUCUUCACUACCUCCCAUUUCAUCUGGGAAUCAUGUUUCUCGGAUAUCACAAAAGAAGGAGCCGUCCGUCUCUUCCGGUUCCCGGAAUCCGUGGCCAAGUGCCACAAGUCACCGGAGAAGAUUUUCAGAAUGCUGGACCUCUAUGAUGCAAUCGCAGAACUCUGGUCAGACAUCGAUUCCAUAUUCUCCUACGACUCCACCUCAGUCGUCCGCUCUCAAGCUCUGAAUUCACUCACGAGGCUGGGCGACACUGUUCGUGCUAUGCUAUCGGAGUUCGAAUCUGCCAUUCAGAAGGACUCAUCGAAAUCCCCCGUCCCCGGCGGGGCUCUUCAUCCUCUGACUAGAUACGUGAUGAAUUACCUUUCUUUGCUUACCGAUUACAGCGCAAUCCUCUCCGAUAUAUUGGCCAAUUGCCCAUUGCCGGUGAACAUGUCUCUCCCGGAGUCUUACUUCGAAAUUCCUAACCCUAACGACAACCCAUUGUCGGUGGUAGCCACUAGGAUGGCUUGGAUCAUAUUGGCAAUCCUUUGCAAGCUCGACGCCAAGGCGAGACUAUACAAAGAUUCAGCGUUGGCUUACCUCUUCCUGGCCAAUAAUCACGAGUACGUGCUACAGAAGGUCCAAACUUCUUAUCUGAGUUAUCUAUUGGGAGAGGAUUGGAUAUCAAAGCACAAGGCGACGGUGAAACAGUACGCCGCCAGCUACGAGAGGAUUGGAUGGAGCGAUGUGCUAUCGGCCAUACCGGAUGAUCCGACAGCAACGACGAUGACUAUAGAAGAGGCUAAGGAGUGUUUCAACAACUUCAAUUCUGCGUUCGAACGGACAUACAGAACUCAGUCAAAUUGGGUCGUGAAGGACAGAAAGCUUAGGGAAGAGAUUAAGGUAUCCAUCGCCGGAAAACUCGUACCGGCUUACGGGGAAUUGUAUCGCAAGUAUCGGGACUCGCUGAGAAGCGAGAAUGAGAUGGAGUCAGUCGUGAGGUUUGCUCCUGAUGAUCUUGGGAAUUACUUAUCGGAUCUAUUCUUUGGGACCGGAGCUUCGGGGAGUGCUUCGUCGUUGGCGUCUUCUACUGCGGCGCAGUCUGGAGGGAAGCACUUUAGAGAGAGACACAGAGAGAGAGAAGGUGCGUGAUUUGAAAGGGGGAAAAAGCGGCGGAACGAUUGUUCAAUAUACAUGAGAUUCCAUGGUAUUCUUUUUCUAAUUUCUUUUCUAUUGGGAUGCUGUCAAUAGGAAUAGAUAUGAACAUUCGAAAAACGGAUAAA